GAAGAAAGUGUUACUCUUUCCAACUGGUCCUCUUUUAAAUACCCCUUCUCCACUACUACCGCACUACUCAUAAGACGACGACAAAACAAAAGUAGAGGAACACAGUGAGAGCGACAUGGAUCUGGACUGGGAAGAUUUUCUCAAGGAUUACGAAUGGCUCAUCGUGUUUCUGAAAGGCAUGGUGAAGCCUGCGGCGGCGCUCGCGGUUGUGCUUUUGGCUGUGGUUCUUUCCUACUCGCAGAACCUCUCUUUGGAAGGAGAAAUGAUAUACUCUGUUUUCAGAUCGUUUGUUCAGCUCUCUGUUAUUGGAUUUGUUCUUCAGUUCAUCUUCAAUCAAGAAAACUCCGGCUGGAUCAUCCUCGCUUAUCUCUUCAUGGUCUCUGUCGCCGGUUACACUGCCGGACAACGUGCUAAGCACGUGCCACGUGGGAAGUACGUGGCUGGAGUAUCUAUCCUCGCCGGAACUUCAAUCACGAUGUUCAUGCUCGUUGUCCUCAACGUCUUCCCUUUCACUCCGAGGUAUAUGAUCCCUGUGGCCGGAAUGAUGGUCGGAAACGCCAUGACGGUCACCGGAGUUACAAUGAAACAGCUUCGAGAUGACAUCAAGAUGCAACUCAACCUGGUGGAGACGGCAUUGGCACUAGGAGCAACGCCAAGACAAGCGACGUUGCAACAGGUGAAGAGAGCAUUGGUGAUAUCUCUAUCUCCGGUUUUGGAUAGCUGCAAAACCGUUGGGUUGAUCUCUCUACCAGGCGCAAUGACUGGUAUGAUAAUGGGUGGUGCGUCGCCUCUUGAAGCUAUUCAGCUUCAGAUCGUAGUCAUGAACAUGAUGGUUGGAGCAGCCACGGUUAGUAGCAUAACCUCUACGUAUCUUUGUUGGCCAUCCUUCUUCACUAAAGCUUACCAGUUACAAACUCAUGUCUUCUCCUCAGAUUGAAGUUUUUAUAAAUAUCCAUUCUCUUAACAACAACCUUUGAAAACUUGUCUGAAA